AUGCCUGAAGGACAUGAAGAAGUGGAUGGCAGAAAGGAUCCGUUGAUAUGCGGCUUGCUUGCGGUUCAUGAGAAAGAGCGCGGCUCUUGUGCUGCGAGUUUGCAACAGGAGCAGCUGGCUGUUGGGUGUGCAGUCCGUGAUCCGCAUUCAGAUGGCUCGAGAGCAUUGCUGCCUUGGUUUAGCGAAAGCGCCAUGGCACUGAGAGUGCUGGCGGUGUGUCUGAGCCUGGUGGUUCUCAGGCCAUUAUUUUCUUCCAGGAGCUUUGUUUGUUCCAGGUGGCAACGGCCCAGUGCCAUCCGCAAGAAGGACGACCUCCUGGCUGCAUCGAUUCUGCGGUCAAGAUCUAGGCCCUGGGUCCCAGAUGCUGAGAAACAAUGCCAAAGGCAGUGGUGGGCGGUGGCGGGUCUAGCAACUCUUGCCCUACGCGCUUUUGGAGGUCGGCCGGAAGGCCAUGAAGCAAAGUUUCAGAUGCGCGAGGCAAAGAGGAAGCGCGAAGCAGCUCAAUUCUUCACGUAUCAAGCACGACUGCUGAGGACUGGCAGUCCACCCAGAGAUGAUUUGUACUGGCGCCGUGAAGAACGAAUGCUCUUCAACACGGCCAAAAUGUACAAAGGGAUAAACUUUGAUGAUUAUGACUCAGUAGAAGUGGAACGCCGGGGUGGCUAUGGUGAUGAGGUGAUAUGCAACUCUUUCCAAGAUAUUUGCAAGCAAUACACCAUGCCCAAGGAGCUUGUGGACAACGUGCUGCAUCGAUGCGGGUAUGACAAGCCCACACCAGUACAAAAACAUGCUGUGCCAGCUGCGUUGGCUGGCAACGAUGUUAUGGUGUGCGCACAGACAGGAAGCGGCAAAACUGCUGCUUUUCUGAUUCCAUUGAUUGCAGAGACGCUGAUUGCUGGACAACAACAGCUGGUCGAGGGGGCAGUUCAGCCAACAGCGGUCAUCAUGGCGCCGACUCGAGAGCUCUGCCAGCAGAUCACUUUGGAAGCCCGCAAGCUGUGCUUCAGGACAAUGGCUCGCGUCGUUGCCAUUUAUGGCGGGGCAGAUGCUCUUCCACAGCUGAAGGCACUGGCAGAGGGAGCCGAGAUCAUCAUUUGCACUCCAGGGCGCUUGGAGGACUUCCUGGAUCGCGGUGUGGUGAGCAUGAAAAAUGUUCGCUACUGUAUCUUAGACGAGGCUGAUCGAAUGCUGGACAUGGGCUUCGAGCCGCAGAUCAGAUCCAUCAUUGAAGGCCAUGGAAUGCCAGAGCCUGGGAGGGAAGACGGCCGGCAGACCAUGAUGUUCUCAGCCACCUUCCCUCGAGAAAUGCAGGACCUGGCCUUGGACUUUUUGGAUCCUACCUACCUGUGGAUUGCUGUUGGGCGAGUGGGAGAGGCAUGUGCGAAUGUUGUACAGCGCUUCCAGGAUGCAAGUACCACAGACUUGGAUGGCAAAUUUGAGAUGCUGGUGGAGGCGGUAAGGGAGGUGGGGACAGAAGGCGACGAGAAAGUUGCGAAGACCCUCGUGUUUGCCAACUCCAAGACCACUGUCGAUGCCAUUUGCUGGAGAUUGUCAGACGCACGAGUCAGGAGUAUGCAGAUCCAUGGCGGCUUGUCGCAGGCUGCCCGCGAUCGCGCUUUGAAUGACUUCCGGAACGGUCGCGUGAGCGUUCUUGUCGCCACGGAUGUGGCAGCAAGAGGUUUAGAUCUUCCAGGCGUGGACCACGUCAUCAACUACGAGCUUCCGUUGAAUGCAGAGGACUACACACACCGAAUUGGCCGCACCGGGCGCAUUGGGAAUACUGGACUGUCCACCUCCUUAGUGGGCAGCUGGGAGCCUGCCCUCAAGGAUAUCGUGACGUCCAUCCGCGACAUGGAAUCCGUGACCAUACCUGAGUGGCUUAACUUUCACCACAAUAGCGGCAGCCGCUCAACGCGCGGCCGCUUUUCUGGCAACUAUAACCAAAGCAGGUCUGUUGACCGGGAUCCGAACGAAUUCAACCCAGGCUACAGCAGGCGCAGUCAGGGCCGUCAAGGAGGAUAUCGGGCCAGCUCAGCUCGAAGUGGCGGCCGUGGCGGCCGUGGCGGCCGAGGCCGUGAGCCAGACGAUAAUUUGCCCCCAUGGGCACGUGGAUUGCCCCCGCGGCAAAGAACGCGAUGA